AUGGGUGGAUCAUCAGAAAUAAUCGUAUCGCUAGGAAAAAACGAUAUCGCCAGACAAGCGAGACAAGAGAUGGAGAAUGUCGAAUUUCAACUUAAGCAGCUUUUGGCCAUCGACAACGAUGAGCCUACGACGAGCCGAAGAAGAAGUUCGCCACCACCGCAACCUCGUACUCCAUCAACCACACCAGCGGCGCCCGCUUUAAGAAAAAGUACGCUGCACAUUCCUUUGCGGCUCUAA